GAGGGGGAGACGCAUUCUCACCGAGUACACACACAAGCAUCGGCCACAUCCACUGUAGACAAAUCCGUGUUCAGUGACGUGUUUUGUAUUAGCCCUUUUUUCAUAUCUGUUAAGCCUUUUCAUCACGGGGCUGAACUACAUUUAACGAAGAUUUACAAAAUUCCAGCCUGAUGCACGUUUCUUAUUUUUGCCAUUUCUAAUCACUCCCGCCUAUUUCUUGUUUCUUUUUUUUUUCUCUCGAUAGACCCGUUAUUUAGCCUAUCUACCGUCCACCCCCUCUCUCUUUUCCUCCUCAUCUUUUCUUCUUGGGAGUGCGACGCGCUACGAAUCUGAAAUAAUAAGCCUGCAGCGACCAUGUCCUCUCGGGUGCAGGCUCUCUGCUAACACAGGACGGAGAGAGAGGCCGCCGUCCAAACCACAACCUCCACCACCACAGCUUUCCAGUGAGAGACAGAGAGAGUGAGAGAGAAAGAGACAGAGGCAAAAAAAAAAAGUGAGGACGAGUGCAAGAAGGAGAGGGGGGAGAGAGUGAAAACAGUCGAUGGAUGCUGUCCGGAUUGAGGGGACAGCACAUUCUUCACUAACGAGGAAAAGAAAGAUUUCAAAAUUGAGUCGAAGGAUAGAAACUCGCCGUCAGGCAUGGUGUGUGAGAAGGGGAUCCAGAUCCUCCUCACCACCGUGGGGGCAUUCGCUGCCUUCGGCCUGAUGACGGUGGCGAUAGGGACGGACUACUGGCUGUACUCCCGUGCCCUCAUCUGCAACAGCACAGCCAACGUCUCCCAAGACGACCCCCAUAACAAGGACAAGAAGGACCCUGGGGCGCUCACCCACUCUGGCCUCUGGAGGAUAUGCUGUUUGGAAGGGGUGAAGAGAGGAGUGUGUUCGCAGAUCAACCACUUCCCAGAGGAUGCAGACUUUGACCAUGAUGGGGCAGAGUAUGUCCUACGGGUAGUCAGGGCUUCCAACAUCUUCCCUAUCCUCAGUGCCAUCCUGCUGCUGAUGGGAGGAAUGUGCAUUGCUGCUAGUCGUUUCUAUAAGAGCAAGAGGAACAUCAUCCUGGGGGCAGGAAUUCUCUUUGUGGCUGCAGGUCUGAGUAACAUCAUUGGUGUGAUUGUGUACAUCUCGGCUGCACUGGGGGACAUCUCUCCUAAGAAGGACGAGGAUAAGAAGUGGCAGUACUCCUACGGCUGGUCCUUUUACUUUGGAGGCCUGUCCUUCAUCAUGGCCGAGAUGGUGGGGGUUCUGGCUGUCAACAUCUACAUCGAGAAGAACAAGGAGCUGCGCUGCCGCUCACGCACCGACAUUUUCAAGAGCACCACGCACGCCAUGCUCCGCCUGCCCAGCUACCGCUUCCGCCGCCGGUCCCGCUCCUCAUCCCGCUCCACCGACCCCUCCCGCUCCCGAGACCCCUCGCCUGUAGGGGGUGGUGGGGGCAAGAACUUCGGCCUGCCCCCCUCAGCGCUCCUCUCCCAGGGCCCCAUCUCAGUGUCCACGCUGCCUAACCCACACUCUCGCUCCCACACAGCCCUGGCUGGAGGCGACAUCUCCCUCUACACUCUGUCCCGCGACCCCAAACUGGGGGGUUUGCCGCCCAUGUACGGAACGGUGGACCGGGCCACACUCUACCAACUCCACAACUGCUUCCCCAAAGAUGGGGGCGGAGGGGGAGGGGGAGUGAUGAUGAGCGGUACACUGCCCUCGCUCAAGUCCCACAACCCUUCAAAUUCUUCCAACUCCAACGCGCCGAUGCCCAACUCGGUGGGCUCUGGCCCUCCGCCCUUCUCCUCCUCCACAGUAGACAGGGAGCGAGGGAUGGGGACUCUGGACAGGCUGAAGGGAGAUAGAGAGAGCAACUCUAAUACCCUCAAUAGGAAGACAACGCCUGUGUAGAGAGAGGGGAUGAGAGAGGGAGAUGAGGAGGAAGGGAGAGAGAGGGGAUGGGUAGCAGCACGAGAGGGAGAACAGGGUGGAGAGAGGAGCACCGAGGUUUAUGGUGCAUCAGGGUCAGGACAGGAUAGAAAGACAGACAGACAGUCGAAAUGCUAUAUCUCUCCCUUCAUGUUCACUGUUAUAAAUAGUCUACUCAAUCUCACUGAGAACAAAAAGAAGAUGAGUAAUAACAGAGUGAUAAUAACAACAACAAUGAACUUUCACAAUAAAACUAUUUUGAUAUUUUAAUGCGCUAGAAAUGAUUUAUUUUGUUAAUGAUCAAACGCAAUUAACCUUGGGCUAUUAUGAAAAUGUUCCACGUAUUUUUUGUGCAAUAUUACUGCUAAUUUAACCAGAUAAUCAUUAAUGUAAAUUGUUGUUGUGAUUAUUCUUAGCGUUAUUACAAGCUAGCUCUGUUUGCAACACUAUAGUUUGGAAUGAAAAUUUAAUUUUCAUGAUUUUUCACUCUGAUUUUAGAUCUUGACGACUUUUACUGUGAAUCUCUUCCAUGCAGAGCCGCUGGAACUGCCAGUGAGCUGUGUAACUGUGUCAAAGUGUCAAGCAUGAGUGUGCACAAAAUGUGGGAGAAUGAGAGGCUGUAUAUUAUUAUAUUUUUGUCUCCCUAAUGAAUAAUUUAACAUUUGAUUUUUUAACCGUUUAUAACAUGAAGUCAGAUGUGAAUACUGUACAUUGUCUUCCAAUAUUGGUACAGAAUGAAAUGCAACAAUAAUGUGAGUGGCUGAGACAACUGACCAACUUCAUUGUUACUAUGAGUCUGAAUUUUCUAUGGGCCUCUGUUAGUCUUAUUUCCAUUCUAAUCAGUGUUAACAGUAGUCCUAGUAGCUGUAGUUGUGUUGAAGAUGUUUGUUCUUGGGCAUUAACAGAAACCUCUGUCUGGAGGAUGCAGAGAAAAGAGACAUAGAAAUACAUUUGUACAGAAUCAGGUAAAGAUUGCUGCCUGAGCAGAAAAACAAACAAACAAACAAAAAAAAAAACUUUCUCAUCUUUUCUAUGGAGAGUCCCAAAGUGAGUUCUUCAGACAUGCAACUCAUCAUUUUCACAGGCAUUGGCAAAAAAAAAAAAAAAAAAAAAAAAAAAAAAAAUACACAAUAUAUAUAAGUGGGGUAAGAGGGUUUGAAAAAAAAAAAAGGAUACAUGUACAUUGUAAUUUACACAUACCUAUAUUUGUAAAGCCUAUAGAUACUUAAUUCGGGACCACUGUUCAAACUGGGUAUGCAUUUUGGGCAAGGAGGGUUUGGCUGAAGUCUUUUUUUUUUUCUUCUGUUUGGUACAGACUGCCCCUCUCCGACUCCUGUGGGAUGGUUCCUCAACCCAUCCCGCCUGUCCCCACUCGGGCCCACCUCUGCCUAUAUUUGGUCACAUGAUUAGCGUUCCCCCUACUUUGUCAUACGAUCAAUAACAGAAUCACCACAGAGAUGACUCCUAACCUCCCCAAAGAUUCUUCUCACUGUGCUUCCCCUGUGGCCGCUGACUCUUUGAAUUUGAACUUUAACCUGUUAAGCUUAUGUUGAUGAGAAUGUACACACAAGUAGACACUCCGCCCCUCUCCUGCACUGAUCCAAGUGACUGCAGAUCCGGGUCAAACCAUGGACACCCUACGACGUUAUAUGAUGAAGAAACAAAACAACCAGACGCUUCCAGAUUCUAUACAUUUUCAUUUAUUUGAUUUCAUUUGAGAAAAAGAAUAAUGUGAUAAAACUGCGCACAGAUAGCAUUUAUGUGGGCAAUAUGAAUAGUAUGUAGUUGAGAAUAGAUAUAUCUAGACAAAUGAUUAUGGUUUAUCUAAAUGUGUGAUAAACUCAAACACUGUAUUGCACGAAGUUUAUAAAAAAAAAAAAACAAUAACAGA